AGAACUGGUUUGGCAGCUCAAUUGGCCUGACCGGCAUUUGGACCCGACCAAGGCAGAGCAAAGCGGCCGAGUGUUCUGGGAUGGCGGCGAGCACCUCUCAAUCCACGGGAAGUCUCCCCAGCGGUCUGGCCAUCUGCGUCACGCUGCCGGAUAUGUUCUACCUGCCCGAACUGGUGACGGGCGGUCUGGUGUGGAUCCUGGUGGCGUCCGCCCACGCGCAGCCCCCCAACCCCCUGGGCUGGGUCAUGUUCGUGUCCGUCUUCUGCUUCGUCACGACCCUCCUGUGGGCGCUGGUCUUCGCCGCCGGGGGCCACAGGAACGGCCCGGCCUGGGCCGCCGCCGAUUUUGCGUAUCACGCUUUGGCCGCGUUGUUCUACCUCAGUGCCGGAGUCAGUUUGGCCUUCAUCACCUUUGUUCUGAAAUCAGCGGACUUCAGAAUCUACCAGAUUGACAUCGCCGCAGUGGUGUUCGCCUUCGCGGCCUCGCUGCUCUACUUCAUCCACGCCGUCCUGUCGUCGCUGCGGUGGAAGCACUUUUGA